UUUUUUUUUUUUUUUUUUUUGGUUUUAAAUUUGCUUUCCCUUGUUUUUGGGGGUUUUUUUUGUUGUUGUCUUUUUAAUUUAAUGGCUUUGAUUGUGGACCAGCAAUCAAGCUUCAAACACUUUUGUAAAAUUUGCAAGAAAGGAUUUGGGUGUGGUAGAGCGCUAGGAGGGCACAUGAGGGCACAUGGAAUAGGGGAUGAAGGUCACAUCGACGACGACGAUCCUCCGAGUGAUUGGGAGGACAAACUCGGCGGCAAUGUUCCAUCAACCAACAAGUGCAUGUAUGCCCUAAGAACAAAUCCUAAUCGCCUAAAGAGCUGCCGGGUUUGUGAGAAUUGCGGCAAAGAGUUCUUGUCUUGGAAAUCUUUCCUUGAACAUGGAAAAUGUAAUAGCUCCAUAGAUGCCGAACCCCUCAUGUCCUCCCCGUGCUCCGAUGGGGAGGAGGGGGCCAGCGGUCGGAGAGGAUGUGGGUGGUCGAAAAGGAAGAGAUCGAUGAGAGCCAAAGUGGGCAAUUUCAAUUCACACUGCCCAUCAAAUGAGGAAGAAGACCUUGCGAAUUGCUUAAUGAUGUUGUCCAAUGCCACGGUUGAUCCUAUGGAGGCUGAGCCGGAGGAGUCUUGUGCUUCAGCUAGCAAAGAAGAGGAAAGAAGAGACCCUAUGAACGUCAUGGCUCCUAUGUCACGUGGGGUGGCCACAGACAACAAUAAGGCCAAAGGGGUUGCCAACAAAGGCUUGUUUGAGUGCAAAGCAUGCAAGAAAGUGUUCAAUUCCCACCAAGCCUUGGGAGGUCAUAGGGCUAGCCACAAGAAGGUUAAAGGGUGCUUUGCCGCUCGGCUCGAUCACCUCGAAGAUAGUAUGGCCGACGAUGAUGUCAUCACACAUGAAGAAUUCUUCCCCAAUAAACCUAAUUCAACCCUACAAUUCGACCACGGCUCUAACACCCCGUCAGCCUAUACCUCGAAGAGAAAAGCGAAGGUGCACGAAUGUUCGAUAUGCCACCGGGUUUUCUCUUCCGGGCAGGCAUUGGGCGGACACAAGAGGUGCCAUUGGAUCACGUCCAACACCGCGACAGACACGUCUACAUUAGCCAAGUUCCAUGAGUUUCAAGAAAGUUUGGAGCAGCAAAUGAUGAACCAAAGGCCUAAGUUUGAUGCUUCUUCGGAUCCACUUGAUCUGAAGCUUGAUCUUAACCUACCAGCUCCGGCAGAUGAGAAUGGUGGAGGAAGAAGAGAACGUCCCAAUCAAUCAAGCUUGGAAGUCUCGACAGAUUUCUUUUUACUACCAUGGAUUGGGACAAAAGAGGAGGACAAUCCCCAUCUUCACUCCUCCCACCAAAACGACAAUGACAACAUUAACAACGACGACAACAAUAACAACAACAACAAUACAAAUAAUAAUAACACUAGUAAUGAUUUUUCAAUGCAGAAUGUGGUUGAUGAAGCAGACAGUAAGGUGAAGUUAGCAAAGCUAAGUGAACUAAAGGAUAUCAAUACCAGUGGGGGCUCCUCACCAUGGUUGCAGGUGGGGCUUGGUUCAACAACUGAUGUUGGAGCUGAACCAUAAUUUCAUCUCAAGGAAAGUGAGAUUUUCUCAGCUCUAUCUCUCUCUUCUUUUCUUUUUUUUCCUCAAAGAUUUUUUGUACGUAUCAAGAAAAACUGUAAUUAUAUAACAAAACAAGCUCAUAGUUCAAGAUUCUUUUUAAAAUUUAAAUUUUCCUUUUGAAUUGUUAAAUGUACAUUAUAGUGGGUCAAUUUAAUUAAGCCCCAAUCUCAUUUCAUGCAUAUGCAUGGCAUUUAUA